AUGUUUCGUCUCACGCAGGGUGAAUGCCAGAACGCGACCCCUCACAGAAAGGUCGACCACAAGCCGCACGCGCUCGAGAUAUGCGAGAAGUAUGGCGGCGGCCGCGAGGGGUCGUCGUCGAAGCGCCACCAGGGGGCGCCGCGGGUCGACUCUCCGUGCGACACGGUGACGACGCGCGACAGCUCGGAGCGUUCGUCCAUCACGAGCUCCGUCGACCGCAGCAGUGGCGCCACCAGCGACUCCGAGGACAGCGGCUCGGUGAAGCGAGCGAUCGACGUGCCGCCAGAGGGCGCCCGCGAUGCGAAGGCGCCGAAACACGAGAGCGACGACGACGUGGAAGACGAAGAGGUUGCCACCGUUGAGUCGCCGCCGCCGCCGCCGCCGCCGCUUCUCAGGCUCGUCAAUGUCGCAUCGCCACCUACGGUGGCGCCACCGCUGGACGCGAAACCGGCGCGGACUCCCGUGGGCUCCGAACGCCAGUCGGGCGGGAAUUCUAAUUCGGACAUCGAGAAUCACGUGGUAGGGGGCGCCGACGAUGAGGACAAGAUGGCGCCGCAGACGUGGCACCCGUCGAAUCCGUUGCUCGACAGCAUCCUCAUCACGGACGUGACGACAAACUGCGUCACGAUCACGGUGCGCGAGUGUUCGUCCGGCGACGGUUUCUUCAAGGAGCGAAACGUCUAG